GCGGGGGCGGGAGCGCGGCCGCGACCCGGUGGGGUGAGGAGAGGAGGAGCGGCCGGUCCCGCCUCCUCCUUCUCCUCCUCCUGCCCGCGGCUCCCGGUGCUGCCGGUCCCGCCUCCUGCUCCCCGCGGCUCCGGUGCCGCCGAGGCCUGCCCCGGCCCUGACUCGCCGGUCCCCGGGGCGCCGCAGAGCCAUGGCGCAGCGAAGGGUGGCGGAGCGCGGGCCUUGCCAGGCAGCGGCGGCGGCGGAGAGCGCCAGGCACCAGCGGCAGCUUCUGGAAGGGAAAGCUCUUGCAGAAGGUGGAUCAGCUCGGACAUCACUUCUUAUUUUAGUGUCCAUCUUCUUAUCAGCUGCUUUCCUUAUGUUUCUGGUAUAUAAAAAUUUCCCACAGCUUAGUGAAGAAGAAAGAGAAUGUAUAAAGGUUCCUAGAGAUAUGGAUGAUGCAAAGGCCUUGGGAAAAGUCUUGUCCAAAUACAAGGACACAUUUUACGUUCAAGUGUUAGUGGCUUAUUUUGCCACAUACGUUUUCUUGCAAACAUUUGCUAUUCCUGGUUCUAUAUUCCUCAGUAUCCUGUCAGGGUUUCUUUAUCCCUUUCCACUGGCCUUAUUUCUUGUUUGUUUGUGCUCAGGACUUGGAGCUUCAUUCUGCUAUAUGCUGUCAUACCUAGUGGGACGUCCUGUUGUGUACAGAUAUUUAACAGAAAAAGCAGUAAAAUGGUCAGAACAGGUUGAACGACAUAGAGAACAUCUCAUUAACUACAUAAUAUUUUUGAGAAUAACACCUUUCCUCCCCAACUGGUUUAUCAAUAUCACAUCUCCUGUAAUCAACGUGCCAUUGAAAGUGUUUUUCAUUGGCACUUUCCUAGCUGCCAGCAGCCUGAGGUGCUUCCCUAUCCCAGGAGGACUUCUGAGCAUCGUGCAGAGUAAGGCAGGCCUUGUGGAAAGCAAAAAAAGCACUGUGCUGUGGGGUACUGUACUAGCCUACUCUUUCCUUUAGGGAAUCCAGGAAGUGAUCCAAGAGAUAGCCAUAACAUUUUGACAGAAAAACAGUGGCUACCAUGAAACAAACCAGGACAGCAGAAAGAUGUAGCUUUGUUUUUUAAUUGCAAGGGAUUUUUGAGCUGUUAGGUGACCUGCUUAUCUUUUGGAAGUUUUUUUGUGAUACCUGCAUGACAUCAUUACUAAGUGUCUCUUGCCAUUUGAUAAUAAAGCUGUUAUAUAAAAUCUGAAAUGCUGUAUUUUUUGAGUAUAAUGAAGCAUUCUGAGCUUCCCACUGAGUUUUUUAUUAUCCUGUUUAAAAGGGCUGAGUUCUUAUUAAAUGAUAUUUUUAAUGACUGAUUAAACUGAGCUGAUUACAUCUGUAGAUGAGACAAAUUCUGUUUCUACAUUUUUUUCAAAAUAAGUAGGUAAAUUUGACUUCCUUUUAUCUCUGAAAUUAAUUUCUCACACACAGCAGUAAUUUUUAAAAGUUUUUCUGGUUUGUAUUGGAAGGCAACUGGGUCUAACUUCUGUCUCCGAAUACAUCUAUUUGCACAAAGUGCCUUUUUUUACAUUAAUCCCUUGUGGAAAACCCCUGUGCCAAAGCUAUUGCAGCUUCAUUCACCUUCCCUUAAUAUUCUGUCAAGGCCAGUUUAUGAAAUGCUUUUUCUUCCUUGUAUAGAAAACUCGCUGAAAGAAUAAGACAGAAGUAGUAAAAGUCAAAAUAAAGAAGCUUUUUUGUUAGUGAAUGAUGCUGUUACGCAAAGUCAAAACAUCUUUUGUUUUUAGGCAGCUGUGUGUUUCUGAAUUUUCAUCAUGUGUGGUUUCCUUCUGUUGGUUGGGAACCCUAUAGUUUAGUAUGGCAGUGCUAAGAGGGAAAUGAAAAAGGGUUUUGAUGGGAAAGCAGGAUCCAGAGCAACCUUUUCAAAUUUUCAUCAAAGAGAAGUAAAUAUUCUAUCUUUAUGACCAGUUGAUGUCUUGCAAUGACAGACAUUUAUAAGUCUCAGCUGGUGGCUUUAUGGCUCCAGGUCACCCAAACUGAAAUAAGUUACAGCCUUUUAGUACUGGCAAUUAAUAUAAAUAAUAGCAUAAUACAUUACUAACAUACCAUAACUCCCCUUCCAGUUCUUAAAAAUGCUCCAUCUAGUGUGAUAAUUCCCAUUUCCUUGUUUUAUAGUACACAAGAAAGAAUCUGGGUCUGGAUUAGGAGAGCUCAAUUAGUGACUGGUGUAUAUGUGAGAAGCUCCUUUCUGUAGAUGGUCUUCCAAAUACAGAGUAUUCUGCUCCUGUGCAGCUGUGGGACUUCAGGGGUCUCCUCAUAGCCUUUAGAGGUUUGUAGACCCUCAAGAGGACUGGGAAUGCUUCAGUGGGAAAUUGCUUUUAAAAUUUUGCCUCAGAAUUGAGAUCCAAUGUUACACUCGUAACUCCUGAUUUUCUUUUACAACCUAGCCCUGAGGAGUUGUAUCUAAAGGCUGGGAUUUGCAGUGUUUACUGUACUUGGAAGAUCACUAAAUCAUUCUAUGUUUGACUCUGUUUUGUGUUAAACUGAUUUCUCAUGCCUGUGAGAAAGAUAAACUCUCAGUUAACCAUGAACUUGUGCAGGAUUUGCUUCUUCAGCUGGGUCCCUCUCAGUCUAUGGGGCCUGAUGGGAUUUAUCCAAGAGUACUCAGAGAGCCGGAUGGCGUCAUCACAAGACCUCUCUCAAUGAUUUCUGAAUCUUGGGAAUCUGGAGAGGUCCCAGUCUACUGGAAGCUGGCAAAUACUGUCCUAGUUUUCAAGAAGGGCAAGAAGGAUGACCAUGCAAAUACAGGCUUGUCACUCUCACUUCAAUGCCUGAUAAAAUCAUGGAGAAGAUUCAGUAAAGCUUUUGAUACCGUCUGUCACAUUAUCCCUCUGGAGAAAGUGCCCAGCACUCAGCUGGGUAAACACAUCAUGUGACAGAUGAGUGACUGGCUCACGGGUCAGGCAAAAGGGUUUUAGUGAAUGGGGUGACAUCACCUGUGGGUCCUGUCACUAAUGGGAUUCUGCAGGGUUCCAUCCUCGGCCCCAUUCUCUUCAACAUCUUCAUUCUGCUCUUGUGCAGCUGUGAGACUUCACUGCUUCAACAUUCUCUUCAACAUCUUCAUUAAUGACCUGGAUACAGGACUGGAAGGAAUGCUAAGUAAGGACUGGAAGGAGCACUAAGCAAGUCUGCUGACUACACUACACUGGGAGGAACUGCAGACUCCCUCGAGGGCAGAUGCCCUGCAGAGACCAUGGCAAGGGUUGGGUGAUCACCAACCAGAUGAAGCUUAAUAAAGACAAGUGCUGGAUUCUGCACCUCGGUAUGGAGCAGCCCUGGAUGUAUGGAGAGACUGGGGAAUGAGAUGCUGAAGAGCAGCACCGUGGAACAGGAGCUGGGGGUUGUAGUUGUUGGUAAAUUCAGCUUCAGUCCAUAGUGUGGGCUCCUGGAGCUGAGGAGAAGAGGGACAGGGCUGCAUGGGAGUUUAGGAAAUGUUCUGCACCCUGAAGUGUCAGUUCUGCUCUGAGCUGUGCCCUGAUGUGUGAGGAUCUGUGUCUUAGGUGAUCUGUGCAGCUCUAUUCCACAAUUCUGUCAUGUAGAUGUCACACCAAAUACAUGGUCAAUAAUUUGCAGCCAGAUUCAAGUGUCUGGUUUUGCAGAGUGGAGAGGAUUGCUUUAAUUAUAAGAGUCACUGAUUGGAUUUUUGUUUUCUUAAAGAAUUCCAGGGUAAAUACUUUAAUCAGAGUCAUUAGAAGGCACCACAUACAAUCAGCACCCUGACAACUGGAGCAAUUCGUUUGUGUUUUGAGCUCUGUUACUUUUCAAAGCUUAGCUCACCUUGGGAAACAGCUGCCCAGAAAAAAAGAGAAUACCCCAUUUCAGCCUUCUUCAAUUCUCUGAGCAAUGUUGAAUGGAACUGUAAUUUGCUGUUGUGUUUUUCUAUUGCUUAGUAAAUAAACUCUUCCAAAGAGUU